AUGUCAACAGUCAAGGACAUUGCAAGCGAACUACCGCGCACGAAACUUUUUCUGCGUGGCAAAGAUGGUAUUGAAGCUUUGUGGGGUCCCCCAACUUUUAGCAAGGACGAGGUCAAAAUUGAAUGUGAUCAGAACUUUAAAGCGAUGGGAAAAGCUGAUCUUAUGGAGUUCACAGAAGACGGAAAGCUAGUAGUGCUGGUGCGCACCACCUCUGGCUUUACCGUGCACAAUGCAGACACAGGCACAGUCGUGAUUGAAGUGGCCAAUGCUGGUAUUCACGCUGUAGCUUGGUCACCUCUUGGCUCACAAUUGCUCACGUGGCAGCGACCUCAAAAAGACUCUGAUCUUGGCAAUCUCAUCGUCUGGGAUGCCGCUACGGGCAGCGAAGUCGCUCGUUUUAAUCAAAAAUCCUACUCUCGUGAUAAAUGGCCACCAUUCCAGUGGUCUUCGGAUGAAACAAUUUGUGCGCGUCAGAGUGUUAAUGGUAUCGUACUGUACAACGGUCGUGGCCCUAAAUUGGACUCAAUCGGUCAAAUUCAUGUACCGAAUGUAGCAAACUUCAGCGUAGCACCUGGCAGCGUUCCGUAUAAGAUAGCAGUGUUUGUUCCAGAAAAGAAAGGAAAGCCUGCAAGCGUCAAAAUUUACCAAUUUCCAAAUCAACUGGACGUUCCGACGGCGACAAAAAGCUUUUACAAAGCUCAGGACGUGUCGCUUAAAUGGUCACCCACUGGCAGCGCGUUGAUUGUUGAAACACGCACGGAUAUCGACACAUCAGGCAAGUCGUACUAUGGCGAGACGGGUCUCUUUUUUCUUCAAAGUGAUGGGGAAUACGAUUGCAUUGUACCGCUUACGAAGGAAGGAACCGUGCACGACGUGGCAUGGGAUCCUACGGGUCGUGGCUUCGUCGUGAUAGCUGGUGCAAUGCCUGCACAUGCUACGCUGUACGACAAUAAAGCUUUGCCCAUCUUUGAGUUUGGUGCGGCACCUCGAAACCACAUCAGCUGGAGCCCACACGGAAGAUUCUUGUGUCUUGCCGGAUUUGGAAAUCUCCGCGGUGACAUGGACUUUUGGGAGCGAAAUAAACUAAAAAAAAUUGGUUCCGCGACGUCUAAUGCUGCAACAACUUUCGAUUGGUCUCCUGACAGUCGCUACUUUGCGACAGCCACAACGUUCCCGCGUUUGCGCGUUGACAACGGCUUCAAGAUCUUUCGUUACGACGGGACAGGUCCGAUCCACCACGAAGAGCGUAGUGAGCUGUAUGAUUUCAAGUUCCGUCCAGCAACACGUGAUUUAUAUCCAAACCGCCCUCAAUCUCCACGUCGCAAAGGAGAUAAAGUGGAUUUUGGUACAUCCACUCCGGAGACCGCACCCAAGCCACAAGCUUAUCGUCCGCCUAAUUCGACAGGUGCACUUGCUGCAAUGAUGCGCAAAGAAGAAGGAGGUUCUCGAAAGCUUGAUCCCAACAAAUAUGUAGCUCCUCGUCCUACUGCUUCAGGUGCUGUUUCUCGUCCAAUUCCUGGCAUGGCAGUCGCUGCACCAAAGAAGCUCAGUAAGAGCGCGCGAAAGAAAAAAGCAAUAGAGGCUGCAGAAGCCAAAGCUGCUCUAGAAGUGGCUCUUGCUAGCUUUUCAAUUGUGCAGGAUGAAAAAUCGGCACCAAAUAAUAUGGAAAUGACGCCUGAGGAGAAAGCAAAAAAAGUCAAGACCUUGUUGAAAAAACUCAAGCAGAUUGACAACAUCAAAGCGAAAAAGGAAGCUGGCGACUCACUUAAUGAUGAUCAGCUCCAGAAGCUUAAGAUGGAGCAAACGUUGCGCGAUGAAGUAGCUGAGCUCUCCGCGCACAUGUAA